AUGAAGCUCGAGCGCUAUGGAGUUCGACUUCGAUACGAUCGCAAGGCUGGGUUCAUCGUGGCAGGGGUUCAAGCAGGCUCUUCUGCAGAUUCAUGUGGUCUACAGAUAGGAUGGAAGCUUCUUUUCAUAGAGGAUUUGGAGAACCAUGCUUUCGACCUGAACCUGUUGAACCAGAGCGAUGGCCCCGAACUUCCCGACCAUCUUCGUGUGACAUUUCAAACAGAAGCAAAGCAGAGAGUGCCGAUGAGGCUGUUCGCUGGAAAACCCGCAAAAGUCGACAAGUUCAUUGAUGAAGUGCGAUCCUGGAGGACUCCCAGCCCAACCCACCUGCGGAGAUCGUCCCCGAAGCUCGGAAUCUCUCCUCUCGACUCAGCUCUCCAGAAGGUUUCAUUGCUCGCGAAUGCGUACCGUAGGAAAGGUAUAUUCGGUGCAGGAGAGGCUAUGAGCAGCUUGAUUGGAUAUGGUUAUAGUUUUUCGCACGUUGAAUCAAUUCCUAAGGGUACAGCUUUCGCACACAUCGCUGUGAACAGGGCGUUUCAUGGUUGGUCUAAGGUCAAGAAGAAUACAGAUCCAUUAGUACGGCCUGAGUAUGAUGCAGCAGUAUACGUGUUCUAUCUAGAGAUGGUGAAAUCUUCAAAUCGCAACCGCCUUGAAGACUUCUUUUGUGCAUGGAAACGCCUGCAUGAAAUGAACAAAAAAUUACUCCGAUACUCCCUGGAAAGCUUGCGAACGUAUGUUCAAUUUGCUCAAAAAGACGCAUUCGAAUCGUGGAUUGAGUUCAAAGCGACGUAUCCCAAGCCCAAGUCUGACAUGGCUUUGAAGAGCUCGACCAAGGUGGAAGAACAAGCAGAAAGCGCCCAAACGAAUCUCGCAGCCAACAACAUUCAAGAGCCUGGUCUUGUUGUUCUCGGACCUUUGCCAGACUUCGUCAAGAAUGUUUGGCCAGACCUGGACAUUGAUCAUUACCAAACCUUGAAAGAGUCUGUAAAAAGAUCAGGAAGUGUCCGUAAAUCCGUUGCAAAAUCGGCGAAGCGAAGAGGCUCGGGAGGCAACGAAGGCGGCGCCAAGCAUCGUGACGAUGCAGGAUCUGAAAGGCGAAGCACCCAUGAGGUGAGUCAAGACAACAUUACGAUACGUGAGAAAUCUUGGGUAAAACUGAAGAAUCUUCAUGAUAGAUCGGAACUUAAUGGCAACGAAGCAUUUGUUGUGCGCAAAGAAGAUACCUCUGUCUUGGUUCAAGUUCAUGGUAAACGUGUCAACGUCAAGCUCGACAACGUUGAACCCCUAACUGAAGACCAAGCUCGCAAAGUGGAACAACGAGUCGUCGACAAGUACAUGGAUCAGAUACAGAUACGACUCAAGAAUCUGGACAUGAAGGGAUCAAAUUAUUGCAUAAACUGUCAAAGCGUGCUCGAGAAUUUUCCAAAGAAUCGUGAUGAUGCAUUCGAUUGUCUAAAUCAGCACUUGUGGAACGUGGACGCUGCGGUAGACAUUUUUGUUGAGGACUCCAAUGGCUUGAUAGCAGACAAAUUUCGCAACUCCAAGGAUUCUCUCAAGAUUUUGCAAAGCUGGAAUGAAGUGGUUUUUUCUAAACGCAUGUUCAAAAGUAUGAGAUCGACUGCAGAGUUGCGAUAUGCGUCCAAGCUACGAUCAAGGCUUGUCAAGAACUGGGGCGACGCUGUCAAAGAUGCAAAGGAGUUAAUGCACCUGACUGCCUACCUGUGGCUUGCAACGAAUUACAACUUGAUCAAGAAAGUGCUCAUGGAGUGGAGGUUGCGCAAAACGUGCAAUGAUAUGGCAUCAGAUUCAUCCUCGGAUUCAGACGACCUCAUCACGAAAGUGGUCAGCCCGAAGGCUGUCAGCGCAGUAUCAGGAGUUCUUUCCUUUGCCGCAGCUGCUGGUCGAACGAUCGUAGGAGAGGAUUCAGCCAAUCAGCUUGCUCAAGGGAUCGGCAGCAUUCUGUUGGGGAGAGAUCGGGUAAAAGACAUGUUCGAGAACAGAAGCAACUUUAACGGAUAA